GUGCUGACGUUGCUCACACGCCGUUCGAUUUGAAAUUUUGACAAAAUAGUUUGAUUUUUUAUCAGAGCCGGUGCAAUUUGUUUUUAUCGUUUUCAUAAUUUAGUUUAUGACUGACUGCCUCCGAUGUAGGUUGUAUUUUUAUUGUGAAAGUUUUGGAAAAGUACCAUAAGAAUUUGUGAAAUUAUUCUGGAUGAUCACGGCAUUAUAAAAAUACAAACAUGGCGCGUCUUAGCAUUAUACUAGUAUUAUGUCAAUUAAUGACGUUACCAAUUUUGGGAGGACGCUCAGAGGAGGACAAUCCUCUUUUAGGUCUUGCGGCCUCUUUCCUUCAGAACAUGGGAAAUGGAGGGGGGAAUAAUAUGGAUGGAUUAGCCGCUAUUGGUAAUAUUAUGGGGACGCUCAUGCAAGGUGAUAAUGCUAAGAACUUGGGAUCAAUGUUUGGGCAGGACGGAGGAAAUGCCGGUGACGUUAUAUCAGGUUUAGGCAGUCUGUUUGCUGGACAAGAUGGUAAAAUAGAUCCUGCUAUGAUUGGGUCUAUGGUUUCAAUGUUCGCUCAACAAAUGGCGCCAGAACCAAAAAGAGAAAAGCGGGAGGCCGAGGACUUCAAUAUGGAGAGUAUUAUGGGACUGGCUUCUGGAUUCUUAGGAAAUCAGAACACUGCAUCAUUCCUUCCUUUGAUUAUGAACACUUUGAGUUCCCUUUCUGAUAACGAAGCGCAAAAACGCUCCGACGGACAUAAAGAUCACGCGACGUUUUUGCCGCCAUUUUUGGAGAAAGCGCAUUUAUACUGGGAUAUCUUUAUUAACUCUGAACUUGGUAAGACUUUAUGGGAGAAGUCAGGUUUUAAACGAGCUAUGAAAUCGUUUAUUGGACCAGAUGGAAACGUAAGCUUUGAUUUGAUGAUGAAGAACUUUGAGAAUCAUUCAUUCAGACGACACUGGAUCAAGGCAGUGGCUAAAUAUUUAACAGAUAUGGUUGUACAUGUUGCUAAGCCAGAAGUUUAUCAGAGAUAUCUCAUAUCUGGGCAGUUCCUUAUAAAUAGUUUCCUCGAGACUCAAGGCAUACCUAAAAAUGUUCAUUUGAACAUGCAACGGUCCCAGGAAUCCAUCACAGCGCUCAUCAACUAUGUGCUUCACAAAUAUUUGGAUAUGGAUACUGAUGUCUUGGGAUAUGUGAAGCCAGCGAUAGAAUACAUUAAGCAAACGCUAAAAUUAGCACAGUCAACAUCUCAAAGCCUGGCUUCUCGAAGCGACUACCACAAACUAGCUGACCGAAUAACAGAUACACUCAACUUGGAAGUAAUUGAGCCGGUUCUACGCGUUUACCGCGCUUACAAACACGCGGUGGCGGCGCCGCACUGUCAGGAACAUCUACUGUGCCUCGUCAACAGACAUACCGAUCAAGAUAAAUUAGGUCUUCCAGGUUUUAAGGCGGGUCUGACGAAAUUAAGCAGUGUAGCAGCAUCAGCGGCCCUCAGCUUCCAAAGCGGAAAGGGUUUCUGGGACCUCUAUAAUGCCAUACAGAGUGACGUUAACUGUGAGGCGAAAUACCCAGCCGACUGUUCAGCAUUCCACGAGCACGAAUUGAAAGUAACCACCGAAGUUUACCACAGCGAAUUAUAAAUAAUAAUGUAAUACAUAAUUUGUAUAGAUUUUUUACUGACAGUACUUAAUUUCCGAGAUUCCUAUUUUUAUUUAUGGCAAUUAAUUGAUUGAUUACUUUAAAAUUAUAUAAGUUAAACAUAAAUUAUGAUAUUUAAGUUAUUUAGUUUAGAUGUUUACGAAUUUAUUGACUUAUGUAAAUGACGUAAAAUGCUGGAUUUGGUGCUAAAAUGUAUAAAAAUUGCAUUUAUCAUAUGUUUAGUUUUUUGUUGUAAAUAUUAUUGCUGUAUGAAAUAAAACUAAAUUCUUAAUAAAAUUUAUUAUUAAGUAAAUCUAAAUAAUAUCAAUAAUGUGCGACUAGAUUUAUUGCAUUAGCAUUAGAGUAAUAUCUUUACAUAGUAUGUUAUUAUAUUUAUCUAAGCUUUUUUCAUAAACCUCAAUGAUUAAAGUAUAACUAUAUAAUAAUAAAUUAACUAAAAGCUAUAUAAUAAUAAAUGCGACUAUAUAGAUUCCUAUAUACCAUAUUUCAUGGACGGAUUUGAGAUUUCUUGAUUUCUACAAAAUAUAAUUUUUGUGGUACAAUAUUAAGACAGCUAAGAAACACUUAAAAUAUCUUUUAUAUUCUAUACAAAAUAAAUAAUACUUUUUUGAGAAUUGUUCGCAAGCCUCCUUGGCAAGUAUCACUAAAAAUCAGAUGAGCCUUCUGCCCAUUUG